AAUUCAUUAGCGAGACGAGCUAAUUAAACCAGCUAACUCUCACGACGGCUGCGGAGCGAUGUUGUCUCUGUUUCUGACCGCUUUUAAAACCACAAACAUACGCCGAUGUGUCUUCACAUGACGUGAAGACAGCUUCCUCGUUGAGACAAGUGUCUGUUUAGUCUGUUUCUCACGAUUAAACGACGAUAACAGCGUACGCCACUUACGUAAAAGUUUACAGCGUUUUAAUGUGACGUCCAGCUAACGUCAAACGGUAGAUUCUUCAAGGACGUGUGUUAUCUCAAAUGAACAUAAAAUAAUAAUAAGGUCGUUCGUGCAGACGUUUCGAUCAGCAGGUAUGAGCCAGCCGCCCCGUUCAAACCGGGGACACCGGGACAGAAACGGAGACCACCGACACUACCGGGAUGACCGACGCUCAUCACCUGACAGGUCUUCGUCUCGACCUCCGUACUACCCCAGAGAAUCCAACGCUCCCCCCAAACAUGUGCGGGAGGUCCCUCGAGUGGAUCACCACGAGUCCAAAUGCACCCACAUUUGUUCCAGGAGAGGCAUCGUGUUGAUCUGCGCCGUACUGACCAACAGUCUGGUCUUGAUCUGCGUGGUCGCAGCUCAGAUGGUGACAUCAGGCAUGACCUCCAUGGGCGGGCUGGGCGGCUUCGACAUCAACUCCAACAUAAACCUGCAGGGCCCCGAGCUGCAGAGGGUACGAGACCUGGACAUGCAGUACAGCCAGAUGAGGGCGCCGGGCAUCUACGGCGGCAUCGCCUUCAGCCUGACCCUCGGGGUCGUCUCGCUGCUGUUUGUGGUGGCCGGGAACAAACCGCCCCACCUGAUGUCCCGCAAGCUUCUGUUCGGAGCGCUGGUGUUUCAGGCAGUGGGCGCAGUGGCGUAUGUGGUGGCCGUGGGGCUCUACCUGCACUUCGUCAUCGGGGUCAACUCCACAGAUGUGUGUAAAGAGCGCGAGAGGCUGUACGCGCGGAACGGCUACACCUGGAUGUCCUGCGAUGUGGGAGGGGCGGAUGCAGCCGUGGCUCUCUUUGGGCUCAUCACGGCCAUCCUGUACGCCGCCGGCACCGUGCUCACCGUCCAGACGAUCCGAAGAGUGAAGCGCUACCUGCAGGAGCGAAAACGCAGAGAGACGGAGGCCCGAGCCCGCCCACCGAGGUCCCCGCGGAGGGCAGAAACCACCUCCGUGUGAGGGAGAAACGCUGCUGUGUCACAGAUGAGUGGGCUGGCUGUGCCUUUUGGCUGGACUGGGGUUUGCUGGUAUCACAAAGCUGCCUCACUGCCUGAAGCAGGCCGUGUUCACAGCAUCACAUCCAGUCCUGAUCCCAUCUGCCCACUGACCACUCAGAUCACUGAGAAGAAUGCCUAAAUCAUCAUGCCUACAGGGUCCUGACGAGGCCAAAAAUACAGAGUUUACAAUAAUGUGACAGCUAAUCAAAAGCAAUGAAGACGUUUUUGCACGUCUUACGUCCCACAGAGCCCCAGAAAGACGCCCUUUUUUUCUUAGGUACUUUUGUGCUUCCUCACAUUAAGUUUUAUUUUGAUCCACAGAGGAAGAGCGUGGGUGAAUUAUAAGGUCUCAUGUAUUGCUUAGAGUUUCUGACACCCUUUGCUCUGUAUCCUGCAGCUAAUGUUAGGAGGGCUAGUGGAGGCCACUGACUGUAAAUGUUUAAAUGUGUGUGUCUGCAUGGCUCUGAGCUGCUGCUUCACCUGCUGCUGCUUCACUGGGUGGUUGUCGCUCCGCCUGUUGCUGUGAGCUGCUCUUGUUAGUGCAGUGAAUUGACAUGUUGCUGGCUGACCUUUGUGGUGAGGUUAAUAUUGAACUCGUGGUGUUUUAUAUUGGCACAACAUCUGUCAGAUCUGAUAGCCACUCAGAGUUCAAAGUGUCCGGCUGUAUGAUGUUGGUACUGUAAGGUAGUGCACCAGUAGCUCAGAGGAAAAGGGGCUGAAUUGUCAAAGAUGGAGGAAACCCUUUUUUUUUCACAACCACGUGUGGAAACAGACUUGCAAAAGAAGCUGCCUUUCCCUCCUGACAGGUUUGAUGCCUUUACACUCUUGUUCCGUCUCUGCAGCUCAGGACAACAUGAGUGUUUAAGCUUUUUAGACUCAAAGAGAUGAAAACUCUGUCACAGUAAAUUAUGAGUAGAACAUUUUUGAGUUUCUGCAUCGGUAAGCAGCCAUACUGUACUUGUUUUAAUGCAUCUCACACUGCGGUUGUGCAGUUUAAUUUACCCAUUUUACCUUUGUAAACAGUCAACGUUAAACACUCCACUCAUCCCUCUGAUGAUGCUGCGUCACCUUCUGAAUCAGUUAAUAAGCAGCCUCUUCAGAUUUAGGAUCAUCGCUGUUGGGCUCAGUGACGCCACGUCAAUCAAAGAGAGCCAGACUUCAAUUUAACUUUGCAUUUGAGUACAUCUUAAAGUGAACUGUUUGUAUGUUAACUCAUACAGGGAGUUCUACAAAUGUUUUUAAUGUGUGUACCGAUUUAAUUAAUUUGUUUUUAUACUGAAGUCUGAAGAUUUUGAUACUAAAACUGUGCAAGAACUCAAAUUAAACCUCCAUGAAUGUGA